AUGGCAGACCACGAUGAAAUGGACAUUGAGAAACAAGCACUGCUGGAUGAUAAAUCCGAAGAGAAGUCUGAGAGCAGUGGUGGAGUGACUCCGACCGAUAAUCCAACAGACCAUCCAUUCAAGAAAUGGGUGGACAGCUUUCGAGGACGAAAACACGAGUCGUCCGGACGACGAAAGGUGGAUGGUUGGUCAGAUGGAUCUUCUCAUGGCUCAUCUUCUCAUGGCUCGCAAGGUCAGCAGUCGAGUACAUCAGACUCAUCGCAGCUCGGAGCCGUCAAAACAGCCACAGCAAGCAUUGCAAGCCAAAGUUUGUUCAGAUCGAGGACAACUAUUCACAGCGCAACAAACCAGAGCUUGCGAUCAGAUGUACGUCAUUCUGGUGACAGCUCUCGGCCAAGCUCAAGUCACCAGGCUGAUGAAGCUGCGGAAAUACGGUCUACCAGACGACGCCAUAUCCUACAGGAACUUGUUGAAACCGAGUCUGAUUAUGUACAUGGUCUGAAGGCUCUUAUUGGGAUCCUUACAAUCUUUAGCACAAGGCGUGAGAUCUAUGACAACGUCCAGGAUAUCCUCGAAAUACAUGAACGCUUUUUGACCCAGCUCCAGGCGGCAUCUCCCAUGUCAGCAUCUCAGGCUCAACAGGCAGGCGUCUCUGAGCUUACAUCCCGUGGAAUCGCCAAGCGUAUAGGGACCCUUGAUCUAGGUGGCCUAAGGGGACUUCAGCAACGAUCAUUGAGGACCCGUUCACUUAAGGCAUCGAUCAAUCAACGCUUGAUGGCACUCAGUGCUGAACCAGCAGAGGUACUAGAUGUUGCCCGUGAAUUUGAUAGAUUGGAUGUUGCUCUGUUACGCCGGUCAGUUGCCAACUGGACGAUAUACGAUCAGGGAAUCGAGGCGCUUUCAAAAUCGGUGGCAUCCACGGAGCGACGCAGGCAAGAGAAUAACAAAUCAAUGACAUUGAAUGAUUUGUUGAUAAAGCCCAUCCAACGUCUUUGCAAAUACCCCCUUGUGCUACAAGAUCUGCUCAGAGCUACCCCUGUCAGUGAUUGUCCAUCUGCUCAUGACGAACUUCAGCAAGUUUUGGAUAAUUUACGGGUGCUGGUGACACAGAUUAAUUUGGCGGCUGGAAACCCAAUCAACAAAGAUCGCAUCCGAAGGACAAUCAUUCUCCAGGGGAAGGUGGAUAUCUUGAAAUCACAGCACGCACUCCAGGAUAUAUACAAAGACUUAGGCCCACUGGUCAUGUGCGGUGUGCUCCAUGUCACAUACCAAACGGCGGAAACUACCAACGGGGAGUUCAUGGUCUGUGUGCUUUUUCACCGCUACCUUCUUUUCGCCAAGGGAACCGAUGAGUUGCAUCGACUGGAAGCAGUGGCAUGUAUCUAUCUAGACAGUCUCAAGAUUGAUACGCUUCAAAAUGGACGAGGGCUGUAUUGCUACGGAUGUUUAUUUUCUUGGAAGCUCCUAUUUCAAGACCAAGAUGAGAACUACGAAUUCGUCCUCAGUGCAUCAUCAGCAGUUGAAGAAAAGCAAUGGAAUACUGAGAUUCUCAAAGUAUCCGCUGCUUUGGUCGAAACGACCCAGCCCAGGACGUGGGAGCCCGGAAAACAUUCUUUUCUGGCCCUGCAACUGGUGCCUCUCGACCAUGUUCAAUACACAGUGUCUUCCAUGGCGCGGAGGUCGAUGGAUCUAACGGCGAUCUCCCGCAAGUCCCACGUUCAGCAUGUAGUCCUCAAGAAGACACACUACCCGCGCCAUACCGAAGAACCGGCCAUACAGGCGGAAGGUGAGAUUGAACGACCCAAGACGCCUAUUGACCGCUCUGCAUUGACAUUGACUGCUCGCCGAAUUGAUCGAAUCCGGCUAGAGCGACUAAUCGCAGAGGUCUACACAGGAGACCUCCUUCCAUCACCAGGAAUGGUACUCGGAAGGGGUGAUCUCUUCAGACGUGGUUCGAUCAUGAGACGGCUAAGCCUUCGCCCAGGGUUCACUAGACGGUCGAGUACCGAAGGUACCUUUUAUUCAAGAUCAGCAUCGGCGGACAUGCGCCCGGACGAAGAGAGCUAUGAAAUGGACAAGGAGGCAACAGGCGGUAACGAACUAGGGGAGGAGAAAGAAGUCGAGGUUGAGUCGCCCCAAACACCCACCACGCCUCGAAAGACAUUACUUUUCAAGGGCUCACCCAAGAAUCCCACAUCGCCGGCUUCCUCACCUCUCAGUGAUAAGCGACGGAGCCAGGAUGGAAGUUCCGAGUCAUCUCCAUCUUCCCGGAAGUGGUCGUCUCCAAAGAAUUUCUUCAGUGCAUUGACACCCAAGAAGUUGAAAAAGACCCGCUCUCAGGCUGACUGA